CCGUUUCCACGUUGCUAUUCGACUUCCCGCUCCGCGUGCGGUAGGGUUUUGAACGAAUGGGCGGAAUGUCUGAAGGGCUUCUUCGCCUACUUCGACAACGUUCCUUCCUGUUGAAUCGGAAGUCGCGACAGUUCGCCGAUAGGAAGUAGCGACGGGAGCUUGCUCGCUGCGAAAGUAACUAUCUUUCUCCCUUUCGCGCGCUUCUUCUGUCAAAGCCCUUAAAUCCUGCAGGAUUUAGUUAAUCCGGGAUUUAAACGGAGGAUUUAUUCCGCCUUGAGAUUAACCGGCGGCUCAAAUCGCGCUUGGCAGGAUUUAGCAUAAAUCCUGCUCAAAUCCUGCAGAAAUUAUGUUGCCAAACAGCCCCUUGGGUUUCUAUUUAGCGACGAGGACUCCGCCGAUUGGUUUCUAUUUGGACAACUCACACGUUUAGCCGCCACGAUCACGUCUCUCCCCCAUCGUCCGAAAGAUCAAUAUGACUUUGCUCUUUCCAAAUUGUUCGGGCAAUCCCAGCUUGCCGUCCUCGGUCUCUCCCUCUCAGGUUGCAUGGCAUUUGGGCAGAUGAAUCGGGUCAUGAAUUUAAGAUUUUAUAGUUCAAAAGUUGACUGGAAGAGGCUACGGCCUAUGAUUCUAAAAAGAAUUAGGAAUCGGGCUGGAGAUUAUCCUGUUAAAAGCAUGAUUCCUGUUGCGGAAGACGUUCUUGAAGCAAGACAGCUUUUAGGAGUUGGUAUUUCUGUCCUCCUGAAAUUUAUACCGAUCAAAUCAUGCAAGUUCUGCCCUGAAAUUUUCAUAGGUUGUAGUGGCCAUGAGAUCAAAACCUGCCAUAGCUUCAAACGGAACAUCAAUGGAGGUAUGCACAAGUGGGUUGAUGGUAACAUCAAUGAUAUCCUUGUUCCUGUGGAAGCCUUUCACUUGAAUACCAUGUUUCAAAAAAUCAUCAAACAUGACCAGAGAUUUGACUUCGACCGUGUUCCAGCAGUACUGGAACUGUGUUAUCAGGCAGGGGCUGACAUUUCUAAUGAGAUCCUGCACAAUCCCAAUCCCAUUCCAGAUAACUGGAGUGAUGUCAAGGCUGAAGAGAUCAGUCAAAUUGCUCAGAACACAAUGGAUGCUUGGGAAAGGCUGAGGCUAGGAGUACAGAAGCUUUUGAUGGUUUACCCUGCUAAAGUUUGCCGACAUUGUUCAGAAGUUCACAUUGGACCAUCAGGGCACAAAGCCAGGCUAUGCGGAGUGUUUAAAUACGAAGGCUGGAGAGGAAUUCAUAUGUGGAAAAAAGCGGAGGUCAGCGAUUUGGUGCCAUUGAAGUUGGUUUGGCAUCGAAGGCCCUGUGAUCCUCCAACACUAUCAGACGCUGGCCGCGGAUUUUAUGGGCAUGCACCGGCUGUCGUUGAAAUUUGCUUGCAGGCUGGUGCAAGAAUUCCUAAGAAAUACUAUUGUAUGAUGAAAACGCAAGGUUUGCCGCCUCCUUAACCUACAUUAAUGAAGCUUGGCUUUGCAGGAAAAAUGGUGCACUUAUUAUUACAUGCUGUAAUUAGAGAUUGGAAGCUCAUUUUGAAGUGAUUCAACUAGAGGGAGCUAUUUUUUAUUCUAUAAGCAGAGUCCAGUGGAAAAAUCUUGUUAGAGAUUUGCAAAAUGACUGAGAGAAGUUUAGAUCUGUAAGGCCUGCAAGCGACUUUCAUCCACCUUCCCUCGUUGUUGUGCAUAUUUAUCGAUGAGAUUAACAGCUGCUUCCGAGUCACAGGAGAACAAGUAGGAGAAGCAUAAAGAAACAAGGAAACAAUUUCUCCCACAUUUUAUCACCUUCAAAAGUGUGUGAUUUAGCUUUAUAUUGGCCUUCAUAGAAAGGUAUUGUUCUGCACUACCCUUAACAUAUGUAAUCAAUUCAAUCAGACUCUGAAAUUACCUUUAGCUGCUGUGUUGAAGCUUUCUAUUGGUCUGUGAACUGAUGAUAUACCCGCAUUUAAAUGAAUUAUUAUUGGUAUUUCCAAAGCGCCAGAUUCAA